GAACUUUUUUCUUUUAAAUAAUUCACUGUAGAUUGAUUGCUGAGGAUUAUUAUUGGAUUUCUACAAUUUUUGCGGGACUUUAUUAUUAUCUUUUCUCUUCUGUUUUAAUUAAGCAGGUUGGUGUUUCACCAUGAAGCUGACAGGGAUAUUUUUGCUAUUGAUGCUUUGGACCUGCGAGAGUGCGCGAGUCGCAGAAAGUCGAGACGACAAUAGCGUCUAUGACUUGUUUGAGCUCGUCCAAGUCCCCAAGAAGAACCACGGGGUCACGCUCGUGAAAGGAGACGACCCGUACAGCCCCGCCUACAAGAUCCUCAACCCGGACCUGAUCCCCCCGAUCCCCGAGAGCGCCUUCAGGGAUCUGAUCGAUUCCAUCCAAGCCGAGAGGGGAUUCCUCCUCCUGCUGAACUUCAAGCAGUUCAAACGGACCAGGGGAAGCCUCCUGACCGUGGAGAAGCAGGACGGCUCGGGACCCGUGUUUGAGAUCGUCUCCAACGGCAAGGCGAACACCUUGGACAUCGUUUUCUCCACCGAGAACAAGCAGCAGGUGGUUUCCAUUGAAGAUGUGGAUCUGGCUACGGGCCACUGGAAGAAUAUUACGCUGUUCGUGCAGGAAGACCGGGCGCAGCUGUACACGGGAUGCGAGGACGUGAACCCCGCCGAGUUGGAUGCCCCUAUCCAGAGCAUCCUGACGCCGGAGACCCCAGCCAGCGCUCAGCUCAGGAUUGGCAAGGGAGCCGCGAAGGACAGGUUCAUGGGGGUCCUUCAAAACGUGCGGUUUGUGUUUGGAACAACACUGGAGGCCAUCCUCCGCAACAAAGGAUGCCAAAGCUCCAUUACCACUGACAGCAUGAUUCUGGAGAACCUCAAUGGCUCCUCAGCCAUCAGAACAGAGUACACUGGACAUAAGACUAAAGACCUGCAGAUGGUCUGUGGCUUCUCCUGUGAGGACCUGGUCAGCAUGUUUAAGGAGCUGAAGGGCCUCGGUGUGGUGGUCAAGGAGCUGUCCAAUGAACUUCGCCAGCUGACGGAUGAGAACAAGCUGAUAAAGAACCGUAUCGGCAUUCACAGUGGGGUCUGCAUCCACAAUGGCAUUGUGCACAAGAACAGAGACGAGUGGACCGUGGAUGACUGCACCGAGUGCACUUGUCAGAACUCUGCUACUGUGUGCCGCAAGAUCUCCUGCCCACUGAUCCCCUGUGCUAAUGCUACUGUUCCUGAUGGAGAGUGCUGCCCACGCUGUGGAACACCGAGUGACUAUGCAGAGGACGGCUGGUCGCCGUGGUCUGAAUGGACCCAUUGUUCUGUGUCAUGUGGGCGGGGCAUCCAGCAGCGUGGGCGCUCUUGCGACCGUAUCAAUAACAACUGUGAGGGCACCUCUGUGCAGACCCACGACUGCUACCUCCAGGAGUGUGACAAGCGCUUCAAGCAGGACGGAAGCUGGAGCCAUUGGUCACCCUGGUCAUCCUGCUCCGUCACCUGUGGUGCUGGUGUUAUCACCCGUAUCCGCCUCUGCAACUCCCCCACCCCUCAGCUUGGAGGCAAGGAAUGUGAGGGAGAAGGCCGGCAAACCGAGAAGUGUCAGAAGUCUCCUUGCCCCAUCAAUGGUAACUGGGGACCCUGGUCACCAUGGGAUACCUGCACUCUCACAUGUGGUGGUGGUGUCCAGACUCGUAAACGCCUGUGCAAUGACCCUGCACCAAAAUACGGUGGCAAAGAUUGUGUUGGUGAUGCCAAAGACACCCAGAUGUGUAACAAGAAAGCAUGCCCGAUUGAUGGGUGCCUGUCUAACCCCUGCUUUGCUGGAGCCAAGUGCACCAGUUUCAUUGAUGGUUCCUGGAAGUGUGGAAAGUGCCCAGCUGGCUACACUGGCAAUGGUAUCAAGUGUAAAGAUGUUGAUGAGUGCAAGGAGGUUCCAGAUGCCUGCUUUGAGUUUAAUGGUGUGCACCGCUGUGAGAACACAGAUCCUGGCUACAACUGUCUUCCCUGCCCUCCUCGCUACUCAGGACCCCAGCCGUUUGGCAGAGGUGUGGAGCAGGCUGCUGCUAAGAAACAGGUGUGUACACCCCGUAAUCCCUGCCUUGAUGGAAGCCAUGACUGCAACAAAAAUGCCCGCUGUAACUACCUCGGACACUUUGCCGAUCCCAUGUACCGGUGUGAGUGCAAGCCCGGCUAUGCUGGCAAUGGCCAUAUCUGUGGAGAGGACACGGAUCUGGAUGGAUGGCCCAAUGCUGACUUGGUUUGUGUGGAGAACGCCACCUACCACUGCAAAAAGGACAACUGCCCCAACCUCCCUAACUCUGGGCAAGAAGAUUAUGAUAAGGAUGGCAUUGGAGAUGCUUGUGACAAUGAUGAUGACAACGAUGGCAUUCCUGACGAUAGGGACAACUGUCCAUUCGUGUAUAACCCCAGGCAGUAUGACUAUGACCGUGAUGAUGUGGGUGACCGCUGUGAUAACUGCCCCUACAAUAGUAACCCAGAUCAGACCGACACAGACAACAACGGAGAGGGAGAUGCCUGUGCUGUGGACAUCGAUGGAGAUGGCAUACUGAAUGAGAAGGACAACUGCCCCUAUGUGUACAAUGUCGACCAGAGAGACACAGAUCUCGACGGAGUGGGAGACAUGUGUGACAAUUGCCCUCUAGAACAUAAUCCUGAUCAGGUGGAUUCAGAUGAUGACCGUGUGGGAGACAAGUGUGACAGCAACCAAGACAUCGAUGAGGAUGGACACCAGAACAACCUGGACAACUGUCCAUACAUCCCCAACGCCAACCAGGCUGACCAUGACAAGGAUGGCAAGGGUGACGCCUGUGACCACGAUGAUGACAACGAUUUCAUCCCUGAUGAUAAGGACAACUGCAGACUGGCCUUCAACCCUGACCAACUAGAUUCUGAUGGUGAUGGUCGUGGAGAUGCUUGUAAAGAUGACUUUGACCAAGACAAUGUGCCUGACAUCUAUGACGUGUGUCCCGAGAACUUUGACAUUAGCGAGACAGACUUCCGCAAGUUCCAGAUGGUUCCUCUGGACCCCAAAGGCACCUCCCAGAUUGAUCCUAAUUGGGUUGUCCGCCAUCAGGGCAAAGAGCUGGUUCAGACUGUCAACUGUGACCCUGGCAUUGCUGUUGGAUACCACGAGUUCAAUUCAGUGGACUUCAGUGGGACUUUCUUCAUCAACACAGAGAGGGAUGAUGAUUAUGCCGGCUUUGUGUUUGGCUACCAGUCCAGUUCCAGGUUCUAUGUGGUGAUGUGGAAGCAAAUUACUCAGACGUACUGGUCAAAUAAACCCACCAAGGCCCAGGGAUACUCUGGCCUGUCCAUUAAAGUGGUUAACUCCACCACUGGCCCAGGAGAGCACCUCAGAAAUGCCCUCUGGCACACAGGGAAUACUCCUGGACAGGUCCGCACUCUCUGGCAUGACCCUAAGAAUGUUGGAUGGAAAGACUUCACUGCCUACAGAUGGCAUCUGAUCCACAGACCGAGAACAGGACUUAUUAGAGUUGUGAUGUACGAGGGCAAGAAGAUCAUGGCAGAUUCUGGUAGUAUCUAUGACAAGACAUAUGCAGGCGGCAGGCUAGGUCUUUUUGUCUUCUCACAAGAGAUGGUAUACUUCUCAGACCUCAAGUAUGAAUGCAGAGAUACCUAAAUGCAUGGCGCAGGAAGCUCUGAGGAAUGCACCUUUUUUGUAUAAAGUAUGAACUUAUAUAUUCUGAUGCAAAGUCCAGGGACUGAUUUAUUUCCGCAACCCUUUCUUCUGCGGCACGCACACUUGGACGAUGGGGAAGGGCAUGUGGUCAGCCUCAGGGUAGCUUGAAGCUGGUUUGGGCAGAGCACCAACCUGUUGACUGCCAGUUGAGAGUCAGAGAGCCCCUUCUCCUCCAGCCUUAGUAUCUACGAGAGCAGGGAUAGCUUGGGGGAACAAAACAAGCCCCCUAGCUUUGCCAGUAGGACACAAACACCUUCUAUCCCAGCUCUGCCUGCUUUCUCGCUCUCUGAAAGACCUCAUUCAUCUCUGUGCGGGAACGGCUCCCCGUAGACAACUAUGCACUUCCAAGCCUUUACAUCUCUCUCUCUCUCUCUCUCUCUCUCUCUCUCUCUCUCUCUGUCUCUCUGUCUCUCUUUCUAUGUCACUUCUUCAGUCUGUGUGACUUUCUACCUAUACCUUCAGGAUGGACAUCCCAAAGAAAAAAACUGAUGAAAUAGUCCCUCUGCUUUACCAGAUCUGCCAGGAUGUAGAUUUUGAAUGAUAAAACUUUUGUGGACUCAAAGCAGGAGACAGCAAUAAUCAUAGGAAUCUUUGUUGUUGAGGACUUACAACUUAAGAAAACUGUUGGGAACACAGCAAGCUAGUAAAGAAAUAAGGGGAACAUGAUGUUGUGGAUGUUUGUGUUCAUAAAUGUACUGUAUGUGGAAGACUGGCCAUGAAUGGAAUAAGAAAGUGUGUUUACCCAUCUACCUAAGAAUUUCUGUAGAGAACAACAAUGUAGAAGAGAAAUACAAAAUUACAUUUAGGUUAGCUAUCUUUUGAACUUUAAAGUUCUUUUGAACAUCAUGGACUUUGUUGAUGUUGUCUAGUUAACUAAACAACUCUCAGGGUGAGAUGUGAUGAUGAAAAUGUUUGAGGAUUAUAUUUCACACAAAAUGGAUAAAGCCAGUGAUCUCAAAGCUACAAUUCCCUCCAAAAUACUCCCUAACUUACAAUCAAAACCUUGGUCAAUGAAGAGAUUUAUCUGCCUUAGCUUCUGAAGAUUUCAAUUUGAAAUUAUGUAAAUACAUGUAAUUUAUUGACUCUUGCCUACAAUGUAGGCAGCCAAGGAACAUUUUAAUGCUUUCAAAUAGGUAAAAAAGAAUCUAUCCAAUCACAGUGAAAACUGACCCCAAACCAGGUACAGCCAGGUGUUAGAUGCAGGAUGCACACUGUUGUCAGUGUCUAACCUCUCCUGCUGUACAAAGUGAAUUACGUAUUCUUCAGAUAGGGCCAUUUAGCAUAAAGUGUAUGUGACUUGUGUGCCUUUUCUUCAGAGAGAGAUGAAUAACAAAGGAAAUCUUUGAUGUACAAAUAUUACCUCAUUGCUGUUGUAUAAUUUGAUCAAACAAAAACACAACCUAAGUACUUUUUCAUAUACCUUUGAAAUGAUUGACAUCUUAGUGCUACUGUAGCAUGAGCUGUAAAUAGUAUUUUCAUUUCAUAUCUAAAAACACAACAAGCUCCCAAUCCCAUGACCUACCCCGUUGAGAAUGAAUAAAAUGGGAGAUAUCUUUUUUCUUUUUAAUAAUUUUGCUUUAUCAUGUAUGUCCAAUGCUGUUUUUAGCAGAUAAAUUAUUGUUCUGUUUUGUCUUAGCUGUUUGUGAGAGGUUGAUUUGUGUGUGUGUGUGUGUGCGCGCGCGCGUGCGUAUGUGUGUGUGUAGAUAACUGCUAUUUAAAUAAUUUAUCAGGAUUUGUUGCCUUACCAAAGGCCACAUGUCCCUCUGUAUAAACGGUUUGCACACUGACGUGAGGAUGUUCUGUUCUUUAUCGUUUUUACCUUCUUUGUUAUUGUGUAUCAAUGUUACCAUUAUUUUUGUACAAUUAGUUUUGCUUGUCUGUAAACAUUUUCUUAGUUGUACAAAGCAAAAAUGCUGUUUUUAUUCAUAGCGAUUAUUUUGUUACGUACUUCAAGUCAAUAAAUAGUUGUUAAAAUUCUCAA